GCCAAGACACAAGAGUUCAUGACCAAGGCUGGUAUGUGCAUGGGUAAAUGUCCUACACCAGAGUUGGACCUCUACACUGCACAGUAUCCUGCUCAGUUGGAAUGGUACAAUAAGAACAAGAAUGGCGGAGGCAACCCUACUGACCCCACCGACCCAACUGAUCCAGUUGAUCCCCCCACCAAUCCUACUGAUCCCAACAACCCUGGUACUAACCCACCCAUGGAUUAUCCAUUCCAACCCAACGGACCCUGUGUUGCUGCUUGUACGAACGAGGUUGGCAAGGCCAUGUUCCCGAACUAUUCCGAAGAUCCAAAGUCUCCUUACUUUAUCCAUGUCCUCAGCCAGAGUUGGAUCUCUACACUCAGCAAUACCCUGCACAGUUGGAGUGGUACAAUGCCACGCUUCUCCAACUGAACCUGCUGGAGCAAACAAAGAUAACGAUAGUGGUGCUAAUCAGCUAGCUUUCCCGGGGCUCGCCACCAUCGCCGCGCUCCUUUCUGCUGUCAUGCUUAUUGCCUAAAAUAUAUAUUAUAUUUGUAAGUUACUGAUUACUGGUUAUAAACGAACGAGAGUCC